ACGGUGUGGAAAACUCUCUUUCCUUUUUGGGGUGAAGAAUAUGAAGUCCACUUGUCUCCCAGUUUCCGUUGUGUAUCCUUCUACGUGAUGGAUGAGGAUGCAUUGAGCCGGGAUGAUGUCAUUGGGAAAGUGUGCAUCCCCCAAAGUUUGUUGGCCGAGCAUCCAAAAGGCUACAGUGGUUGGUUGAACCUCAUGGAAAUAGACCCUGAUGAGGAAGUGCAAGGAGAAAUCCACCUGCAGAUGGAGAUCAUUGGCAGCAGUGCGGCAAGGAAGUUGCGCUGCAUUGUGUUUGAUGCCAGGGAUUUAGCUCGGAAAGAUCGGAAUGGCGCUUCUGAUCCUUUUGUCAGAGUCCGCUAUAACAGCAAAAUUCAGGAGACUUCGGUGAUAUUCAAUGUCCAAAGGCUGAAGGCCGUCCAGCGAGAAGAAGGAUGGUUUUUGCUCCGCCCAGACAAAUCCAAGGCAAGAUUGGAUGAAGGGAAUCUAGGUUCCUUACACCUCCAGGUACAGCUUCGGGAUGAAAUGGUUCUGCCAUCCAUCUACUACCAGCCUCUUGUGGAGCUGCUGUGCCAGGAAGUUAAAGCAGGGAUAAAGAACGAGAAAGGGCACUUAAUAACCCUGAUUGAUGAGACCACAACAGCUGAAUGCAGACAGGAACUUGCCGUCAACCUGGUCAAGCUCUUCCUGGGCCAAGGCUUGAUUAAAGAGUUCUUGGACCUCCUCGUCAAACUGGAGCUGGACAGAACCUUUGAACCCAACACGUUGUUUCGGAGCAACUCUCUAGCUUCUAAGUCUAUGGAGUCAUUUCUGAAGGUGGCAGGUAUGCAAUACCUCCAUCGAAUCCUUAGGCCAUCAAUCAACCGAGUGUUUGAAGAGAAGAGAUACAUCGAACUAGAUCCCAACAAAGUGGAAAGCAAAGAGAUCGGAUGCUCUAGCCUUCACCGGAUCCACAGUGAAAGUGAGGUGAUCCAGCAGAGCGGCCAGCUCCUUCAGUCCUAUCUGACUGACCUACUGAACACCAUCACCAGGUCUGCCAAGAUGUGUCCUCCUGUCAUCCGUGCCACUUUUCAGCUACUUUUCAAGAGAGUUGGAGAACGGUUCCCCGAGGAGAAGAAUCAGAAUGUGAAGUUCAUUGCCAUCACCAGCUUCCUCUGCCUACGAUUCUUCUCUCCAGCCAUUAUGUCUCCCAAACUCUUCCACUUACGGGAGAAGCACGCCGAUGCUCACACCAGCCGGGCUCUGCUUCUGCUGGCCAAGGCUGUCCAAAACGUGGGGAACAUGGACACAAGCAUCAGCCGCACCAAGGAAGCAUGGAUGGCCCCUCUGCAAGCCACCAUUCAACGCGGUGUUGCCCAGAUGAAGCAGUUCAUCCUGCAGUUAAUUGACACGGAGGAGAAAGAGGAAUUAGACCUGCAGAAGCCCAUUUCCCUGCAACCUCAGGUUGUAAAAGAGGGGUACCUCUUCAUCCACAAGGCAAGAAGCAAGGGGCCUCUCCUCUCGUUCUCCUUCAAGAAGUUCCAUUUCUCAUUAACGCAUGAGGCUCUUACCUGCGCCAAGACACCCAACUCCAAGAAAAGCUCCUUCGUGCCACUGACUAGCAUCCGGGCAGCUGAGAAGGUAGAGGAGAAGAGUUUUGGCAUCUCCCAUGUCAUGCAGAUCGUCUACACUAACGAUGCUGGGCAAGAAGACACAGCUUACCUGCAGUGCAAGUGUGUGAAUGAGCUGAGCCAGUGGCUCUCAGCCUUACGGAAAGUCUGCGGGAACAACGCGGGAAUGCUAUGCUCCUAUCAUCCAGGGGUUUUCAGAGGAGAAAAAUGGAGCUGCUGCCACCAAAAGGACAAAGCAGGUCUUGGUUGUGACAAAACUCGGCAUGGAGUUACUCUGCGGGAAUGGAACGAUCCCUUGGAUCCUGACUUGGAGGCUCAGCUGAUAUUCCAGCAUCUGCUUGCAAUCCAAGAAGUAAUGAGGGAAAAGUAUAUGGAAUUGUCAGUGCUGGAAAAAAGUGAAAAACGCCAGACAGAAGAUCCUGAAAAUGCUGACAGCCCCAUCAGGCUUUUCCAGAUACUACACAAUUUAGAAGAAAUGUAUCAAAAGGAGGUUUCCCGGUCAACUGACAUGGCCCAGCAGAAUCAGAAUCACUUGGUGGAACUGCAGACGUGACUUCCACAAAAAAAAUCAUUUGGGGGGCAAGCUCCAUCUUUGCCCUGUUCAAGCAGAAUGGUUGCUACAUCCCCAGAAUGACAACUACACACUCUGGACUCAAUUUUGUCUGCUGAGAUGGAAUGGGAGGGACUGUCCCUGUGCUCGGAAGGUCCUAACCUCUCUUUUGGGACCUCUCCUGUAAUUCAGUUUGUUUGGCCUCUAGUUUCUGUGGAUCAUUGAGACUGGCUCUUUUAUUCCUGUUCAUCCACCAGAAUUGGACAAUUCUUUUUUUUUUUAAAAAAAGACUGGGUUUCUCUAUCUCAUGAUGCUUUUGAUAAUAUGCAACAAUGCAGUUACUCUGUUGGGGGGGUGAUAGGGUGGAGUUUCUGUGCCUUUCAUUCUUCCAUCUUUUUUCCUUCUGACUUUUCCUUAUGUAGCUCUAAAAACACAGAAUGUUGCAUUAGUGGUCUGAAUCUUGUGAAGUAACAUUUCCCAUUUUACACAGAACUUUUUCGUUAGCAAUUGAUUUCUUUAAGAAGCAACAUUUUCCAGAUUCUGAGCUCUGAUGCAUAGAAAAGCUGCACUGAAUUAGAACAGGGUGAGUGAGGUGGACAUUUGAACUUUUGGGAAUACCAUAAAACUGCAGCAAAGUGCUCAAAUGUUAUAUAAAAACCACAGCUGCAGCAUCUGACCCAGGUAAAAAAGAGAGAGAGAGAACAAUGUCUCUGUCUUAUUCUUUUUUGGCAGCUAGACAGUAAGACAAAUUAAGAUGUUGGUCUUAAUAUAGGUAAGAGGAAAGAAGAAUUGCUUCACAAUUUUUUUAUCCUUGAUCCUCUGUCCCUUCAAGCCCCUCAAAAUAUUGAAUGUACAA